AGGAGGCUGAGGCCUUUAUAUGGUGACUAUGUAGCAUAUAAGGCGUCCGUGCUGUUUCUGCCCCCAUGUGUAUAAAAAUGGUGCUUUAGUCAUGUGACCGUCUUUGUCAUAUGACUUAUUGGGAAGAUGUGUUGGUUAAAGAAGUAAGGCAAGAUAAAAGAGAGGCUUUCGCGCGAUCUUUGCUGUGUGUUUCUGUUCUGAAGAAGAAGAAAUCCGAGAAGGAAGUCAAACAUGGCAGCAUGGCGGCUCUCUGCACUGUGGUUACUACUCUCUGCUUUGGCUUCUUCGUGUGUCCUCACCGUCAACCCUUCCCAGAUUGAUCCCCUGGUGUUUGAGGAGCAGCUCCUGUGGGUGAGUGGGUCCCAGGGCCAGGUGAAUACCUACAGGAUCCCGCUGCUCACCUUCACCCCCAAAGGAAGCCUGCUGGCGUUUUCAGAAGCCAGGAAGACUUCUUCUGCUGACCGUGGAGCGAAGUUCAUUGCAAUGCGGCGCUCCACAGACAAAGGAGCCACCUGGUCCCCGACCAGCUUCAUCGUCGACGACGGGAUGAAGCCGGACGGCCUAAACUUAGGCUCCGUUGUGGUGGACGAGGAAGUGGGCUCAGUGAUUCUGAUCUACGACGUGUGCUUCUACCUCGACCACUGCAGCCCACCCAGCAUCAUGAUGGUGGAGAGCCGGGACGACGGCCUCAGCUGGACCCCGCCCAGAAACCUCUCAGUUACGCUCGGGGUGAAGAACUUCAUUCCCGGGCCGGGCCUCGGCCUCCAGAAACGCUUCAAUCCCGCAAAGGGGAGGUUGGUGGUUUGCGGUCACGGGACGCUGAACGGCGACGGUGUUUUCUGCAUCCUGAGCGACGACCACGGGGAAACCUGGUACAACGGUGCGGCGCUGAAAAGUAUCCCCUACAACCACAAGAAGAAACCACAAGACUUUAACCCUGAUGAGUGCCAGCCCAUUGAGUUGACUGACGGCACCAUCGCCAUCAACGUGCGGAACCAGAACAGAUACCACUGUCGGUGUCGCAUUGUGGUGCACAGCUAUGAUGGAGGGUUGACCCUGCCCUUGGAGGGCCUGAUCUUUGACGAGGCACUGGUGGAUCCUGUAGUGGCAGCUGGAACUCUGCAAAAAGAGGGCGUGAUCUACUUCACCAACCCCUGCAACGAGGAAAAGAGAGUGAACCUAACCUUGAAAUGGUCGCUGACAAACGGCAAAUCUUGGGAGAAGGAAGCCAUGCAGAUAUGGGCGGGACCGAGCGGCUAUUCCUGCAUCACUUCACUGGACAGCGGUUCUGCAGAGGACCGCAAGUACAUCUUUGUCAUCUACGAGAAAGGCCACAAUCAGUAUUUCGAGACUGUCUCGUUCGCCAAGAUCCACCUGUAUAGUGGCCAUUAAAGCAGACGAGAAGAUUGAAACACUGCAAGAAAACUAAGAGGGGUUUUUAAUCCAUCGAAUUUCUCAGGAACGCAAAGAGACUUUAAAACAAAUUUUAUGAUGUCAGAAAAAUGGAGAGACAAGGAUCUGCACAAUGAAUGUCACGCUAUUUUUGAUUAAAGAUCUUUUUUAAAAAAAGUUUUCUAUCCUUUACAUUUUCCAAAGCUGAUUUAUGUCACAAGUCUUAUGUGUGUUUUGGUAAAUAGCUGCAGAGCCACAAUAUUCUGACAGACUCCUGACCUCACACAGGAAUGAUGAAGCAAGAGAUGCUGAAAAAACUACCACCCUUUCUUUUCUGAGCUACCUUAUUGAUAUAUCAUUGAAAUGACGGUAAAACUGACACAGUCAUAGACAUCUGGCUUUAACCAGGCCACGACGCAUGCACAGUGUGGCCAAAAUCUAGAGCUGCAUAGAGACGUCAAACUCAUUUACAUCGUGGGCCUGGCCAGUGAAACCCCCUUUUCUUUCGCUGUAAAGAAUUUUAACUGCACAUUUAAUUCCUGAGAUCUCCUAAUAUAAGAAAAAGAAGACCAAUUUCAACAGUAUGUAAAUAAUAGAAAAGGUUCUGGAUGCUCAUUGGCCAGACUGUCAGGUAAUUUUUU